AUGAUUAAACUAAAUCAGUAUCAUCCCAUCUUAAUAAGAAUACUAAUACUCAAUAAGAAUACUAAAGGAGUUAGAGAGCCGGACAUCUGGCUUGCGAGUGAUGUUGAGAAGGGCAAGAAGAAGUGUGCCCAGUGCCAUACUGUGGAGAAGGGAGGCAAGCACAGGACUGGGCCAAAUCUCCAUGGUCUCUUUGGGCAAAAGACAGGUCAGGCCCCUGGAUUUUCUUACACAGAUGCCAACAAGAACAAAGGUAUCGCCUGGGGAGAGGCUACACUGAUGGAGCAUUUGGAGAAUCCCAAGAAGUACAUCCCUGGAACAAAAAUGCUCUUCGCUGGCCUUGAGAAGAGUGCAGAAAGGACAGACUUGAUAGCUUAUCUCAAAAAAGCUACUCAUGAGUAA